AUGGAUGUACUGUGGACCUACUGUUUCUUCGCUCUGGCAUGUUUCUGUGGAUCUGUAUUUGGGGACGCGAACAAAUGUGAAGAAGUCCGUAAAGUUUUUCUGCUCAGGCAAAUUGGACCGAGUCAGUUGUUACCGCAAAGUCCCAGGACAGGUUCAGAUCUUCAAGUUUGCACAUCCAAAAAUCUGACCUGCUGCACUAAAAAGAUGGAGGAGAGAUACCAGCUGGCUGCGAAACGGGACAUCCAAAAUCUGCUGCAGAUGUCGAGUUCCAGUCUGAAAUUUCUCAUCUCCAGAAAUGUGGCUGCGUUUCAAGAGAUCUUCGAGCAGCUAAUGAAGCAGGCUGAAAACCACACAGUCUCAGUCCUGAAGGAGUCCUUUGGCAACAUGGCGGACCACUCCAUGGAGCCAGUGCAGGAGCUCUUCACUGACAUCGGCCUUUACUUACUGGGAUCCGAAGUGAGCGUAGACGAUAUGGUUCAACGUUUCUUCGAUUCCCUUUUCCCAUUUGUCUACAACGACCUGAUCCACCCAGGGCUCAGCGACACCUCCCCAGCUUAUGCCGAGUGUGUUAGGGGAGCGAGGAGGGACGUGAGGCCGUUUGGACAGGCUCCGCACAUUCUGAUCGACCAGAUCUCGCGCUCAGGGACAGCGGGCAAACUGCUGCUUCAGGCGCUGCAUCUGGGGAUUGAGGUCAUCAACACCACUGACCACCUCCAGCUGAGUCGCGAGUGCAGACGGGCCCUGCUCAAGAUGCACUACUGUCCACACUGUCAGGGCCUGACUGAGUCCAAGCCGUGCAUGGGCUACUGUCUGAACGUGAUGCGGGGGUGUCUGGCCAGCCUGGCGGAGAUUGAUGUUCACUGGAGAGACUUUGUGAGAUCGCUGGAGGGACUGUCCUCGCGGAUGCACGGGCCACAAGACCUGGAGCAAGUGCUGCUGGGAGUUCACACGCUUUUGCAUGACGCCAUAGGAAACGCGCUGAGGAACGGACCGCGCAUCACAACUCAGCUCCAUAGAGUUUGUGGUUCUGUGGACAGAAGGCUGCAGUCUGUGAGUGCAGCUAAAGAGCCUCUGCCGCUCAAGUCCUCACCAAAGGGGGACGCUCUCGCCCAGCGGAGGAAAGAUUUCCUGAGUGGCCUGCGCCUCUUCCGGACAUACUACGGUGGCCUGGCGGAUCAGUUGUGUGUGAGCGAUCUCUCCCGGAGUGAAGGCACAUCCUGCUGGAACGGCACCAACACUGUUCACAGCUACACACUGCGAGUGGUGGGCAGCGGCAUCAAAGCUCAGAGCAGCAACCCGGAAGUGAAAGUGAAGGAAGCAGAUCCUGUCGUAAGUCAGAUCAUUGACAAACUCAAGCACAUCAAUCAGCUUCUCCAAGGAAAGUCUAUCCCUAAACUUGGCACGCUGGACCAGAUAGAAACAGGAAGUGGAGACUUGGAGGGGAGAUACAGUGGAGACUGUGACGAUGAGGACGGCUGUGGAGGAUCUGGAGGAGAUGAGGUCAAGAGGAAAGUCUCCAGAGUUUCAAAAUUGAGUCCAGAUGUGUCCCGUGAUCACGACCCCCAUCAUGGUCCUCAUCACCAUCCUCCAUCUGCCAAAGAGUCCAGCAGUCCAGCGCUGACGUGGGCCAUCUGGGUGCUGCUAUUGCCUUGUUUACACACACUUCUGGCUUUGUAA